GGUCAGCAACCUUCAAAAAAUCAUUCACUUCAGAGAUGUCUAGUUCUUCUGGGCAGCCUGGCUCACAGACGAUAAAGAAAGGUCAUAGAGGAGUAGAUUCCACUGGUGAGACUACAUAUAAAAAGACUACGUCAUCUGCCUUGAAAGGUGCCAUUCAGCUGGGUAUCACCCACACGGUGGGAAGCUUGAGCACCAAACCAGAGCGAGAUGUUCUCAUGCAAGACUUCUACGUAGUAGAAAGUAUUUUCUUCCCAGGCGAAGGGAGUAACCUGACUCCAGCUCAUCACUACAAUGACUUCCGGUUUAAAACCUAUGCUCCUGUAGCAUUUCGCUACUUCCGUGAACUGUUUGGAAUACGGCCAGAUGACUAUCUGUACUCACUCUGCAGUGAGCCACUCAUUGAGCUCUCGAACUCUGGGGCUAGCGGUUCCCUCUUCUAUGUAUCCAGUGAUGACGAGUUCAUCAUUAAAACAGUUCAGCACAAAGAAGCAGAGUUCUUGCAAAAGUUGCUGCCAGGUUACUAUAUGAACUUGAAUCAGAAUCCUCGGACGCUGCUGCCUAAGUUCUAUGGCCUGUACUGUGUGCAGGCCGGAGGGAAGAACAUCCGCAUUGUAGUGAUGAACAACCUGCUGCCCCGCUCUGUGAAAAUGCACCUGAAGUAUGACUUGAAAGGCUCCACCUAUAAGCGUCGAGCAUCCCAGAAGGAGCGGGAGAAGGUCUUCCCAACAUACAAAGACCUGGAUUUUAUGCAGGACAUCCCUGAUGGCCUGUUCCUAGACUCUGACAUGUACAAUGCUUUGUGCAAAACACUACAGAGAGAUUGUUUGGUUCUACAGAGUUUUAAAAUCAUGGAUUAUAGUUUGCUUGUGGCAGUGCAUAACAUUGAUCAGGCUCAGAGAGAGCGUGCAAUAAUGGAUGGGACGUCCCAGUCGGACACGCGGAGGCCAGCUGCCCAGAAAGCUCUCUACUCCACGGCUAUGGAGUCGAUCCAAGGAGAGGCCCGGCGAGGUGGCACCAUAGAGACUGAUGACCAAAUGGGAGGCAUUCCGGCCCGGAAUUCCAAGGGAGAGAGACUGCUUUUAUAUAUUGGUAUCAUUGAUGUGCUACAGUCCUACAGAUUUGUUAAGAAGUUGGAGCACUCGUGGAAAGCAUUGGUGCACGAUGGGGACACUGUAUCUGUGCAUAGGCCCAGCUUCUAUGCAGAGCGGUUUCAACGAUUCAUGUGCAACACUGCCUUCAAGAAAAUACCAUUAAAACUUUCCCCUUCCAAAAAGAGCCGGUCUGGCACAACCGUUCCUCGGAGGACGGGUCAGGGCGGAGUCCCUUCCCAGUCGCAUUCAUCAUGUGAGACUAAAGCACAAGUAACAACCGAAGCAGACGUGGAGCAAGGUUCCCACCUUGGCCGGCCCGAUCUCCUUCCCAGAACUCCUCCAGUAGACGAAGCUAACAGUGAUUCCAUAGCAACAACCUUGUCCACUUCCUCCUUGGGCAGCGGAGGCCUUAACUCUCCAGCAAACAGGUUAGUGGGAGUGCAAGUUCACAAAUCUGAAACCUCACCAAAGGAUUUGGCUAGAACAGCUCCUGUCAUCUGCUCAAAUAGGUCAGUGGGAGUUCAAGUUCAUGUGUCUGGAAGCUCUUCAGUUAGAACAAUUCUCAGCUUCUGCUCCAAUAGGUCAGUGGGAUUGGAAGUUUGCAGCUCAGAAAGCUCAGCAGAGGAUGUAGCUAGUUCAACUCUGAGUAACCACUCACAUAGUGGCUUUGCAGGGCCUUCUGUAACAGAACGCUCUUCUGAACUGACAGAACAAUUUGAAGAUGUGCCAGAAACAGAGUGAAAUAACAGAGGGGCAGUUGUGAUGUGAGCAGAAGAUUUCUCUCUACUCGUAGAGUUCAACCAACAUUCGGCCCCUGGGGCUGAUCUUAGAAAUCUUACCCGGACAGAAUUCAUAGAAGCUGGAAGGCUGGGGGACACUUAGUGUCAUAGUAUUAACAAGGCUGAGUCCAGCGCAACCUCCUCUUCUAAAACACAGCUCUGUGCUGUGGCUGGUUGCAUCUAGUUUUUCUGCUGCUGUCCUCUCUCCAAAGGCGGGCAGAAGCAAGACUGCUCAUCUCCAAGGAGGAGCAGGAGAUCUGCUCCAUGCAGGCCAAAGUCCUCUGGAGAAAAAGCUGGAUUUGCGGGGGGAGUUGGUUACCUAGGAUUGAGGACCUCACAAACCUUGCAAGAACAAUGGUCAACUCUGGAGAGCACCGGAGGAAAUGGACAUUGGAGCCUUGUUGGAACAGUUUUCAACAGAUCAACAUGGUGUUUGGUUUUUAUAUUAAUUUAAGUUUCUUGAGUUCAGUCAUAUUGUUUGUUUUAGGCUGCGACAAUUAUAUCUAUUCUUUUUAAUAGUUUUAUCAGUGUUCCACCCAAAUUGCCCCCCAUCAGAGAAGGAGAAGAGGGGAGAGGGCAACUGUUUUUUGGGUCACACGUGAAAGGUAUUGAUCAUGGAUGUCUUUUCUGUAAAUGAAUUGGGGGGUGCAGCAGUCUCAAUGCGUUUAAGACAUUGCAGCAUCAUCCUGCGACGGUGACAUGGAACAGAGCUGCUCACAAGACUUGGUGCUUUAUCACAGUUUGGUGCUUGGAAGAUUUUGAAUGUGUGAUGCUUUCAAGAUGUCCAGGAGGUUUUUUGCAUUGCUUUGUCCUACUUUAAAAAACCCCUCUAGUCUCUCAUCCUCACACAGAAUGAGAAGCAACUGAGAUUUGGGGAGAUCUUUGUGCCUGGCACAUUCUUAAGCCUUCAGUGUUUCUUAAGCAAAUGGACCAAACCGAUCCUGCUUGGUUCCCGCCUUCCCCCAGUAUUACGUGCCCUUCUGGGGACACAGCUUGUAAAACCUGCAUUUUUAUAGCUAAAUUCCCAUUGGAUUUAUGCUUGGAUCUUGCCUCGUGGCAUCAGAGUUACCUUUUGCACACACUGCUCUGACUGCCUCUAGAGAUUCCCAUCGUGCCACUCCAUGUAAGUGGCUGCCGGGUCUCUGUGCAGAGCAACAGCUUUUUGGGUUUUUUUGCCUCAACAGAAGUGUGUGUUGCACUCAGAUUCCAAGGCUGUGGUGUAUUUGAAUCAGCUGAAAAGACGCAUUGCUGUAUUAUCUUAGCAUUUGCUGUACAUAAGACUCUGGCAGUUCUUACCAAGUUAUCAGCUGCAGACACGUGUCUAGAAACCUGAGCAUAUGUUGUACUGAUUUUUAUUUUCACUAAAGUUUUUUUUAAAAAAA